ACUGCAUGCUGUUGCCAACAUCCGAGAUGAAAAUAAGUUAAAAGCUAAAGAUGUCAUCUUCCGCGUGAUAUAAAUAGUAACCUGACUCAGCUCAUUCUUGCAGCUUUCUGUAUUCACAGGGACAACCCGUACAAUGCAGGGUUAUCAUGUUAUUGUUUUUACGUUUCAAACUGUCAAAUAAUGUUGGAUCGAUAAUACAUGCGCUAAUUGUCCUUGGCGAUUAACAGAAAGGAAUUUCGCAGCCACUCAAAAUGAAGGGUCUUUUCCUUGUGGAGCCUGUGGUUGCCCUGUACGCUUUCUCCAGUUUUCUCAUAUAUCCUCUGGUGCAGCAGUAUGUGUACCGAAGGCUCUGGCAGGACUUGACCAACACCACCUAUCCCAUCUCUGACAACACCUCCAGAUGUGCAGAAAACAACAGCAGCAACCAUUCAAGCUACCAUGAGGCAAUGCAGAAGCAGGCAUCUCUCUUCUCCCUUUACACAGAGCUCUUCUCCACAAUCCCCUCUUUGGUUGUCACUCUCAUGCUGGUGGCCUACAGUGACCGGGGAGGACGCAAGAUCGCCAUCAUCAUGCCUUUGUUUGGCACGCUGAUCUACACUCUGGCCUUCCUGGCAGUGUCCUACUUUGAGCUAAACAUUUACUUGCUCAUUGGUUCCUCGCUUCUUAGUUCUCUGUUUGGGGGCUUGGGCACAUUUCUGGGGGGCUGUUUCGCCUACAUAGCAGAUUUGUGCAAGGACGACCGCCAGAAGACGCUGCGCAUGGCUGGACUAGAUAUGAUGAUUGGCUUGUUGUCUGGGGUGGCUUCAAUAGCAACAGGCUACUUCCUGAGAGCUGCAGGCUUUAAUUGGCCUUUCCUAACCUCUGCAUUGUGUCAGUGUGUGAUCAUACUAUAUGCAAUUUUCAUCCUAGAAGAGACUGUGAAUAAGGUUCCUACUGAUGCCAUUAUUCUAGAUGGGACCCCCCAGCGCUCAGCCACAAAACAGAUGUUGUAUGGGGUCUACCAGAUGUUUACAGGGGCCAGCCGCAGGUGUAAAACUGUUUUGUUACUCCUGAUACUCAUCUUCACCAGCUUCUCCUUCGCUUAUGUAGGUGGGAUCUCCUUGAUGACACUAUAUGAACUCAAUGAGCCGCUUUGCUGGACUGAGAUUUUGAUUGGCUACGGCUCAGCACUGUCCACCACUGUGUUCCUGAUUAGUUUUGUAGGAGUGUCAGUGUUCACGUACUGUGGCGUGCCACAGCUGCUCAUUAUCCUGAUGGGGAUCCUGUCUGUCAUAUGUGGCAUGCUCCUGGUGGCGUUCGCAAAGACCACUUUAAUAAUGUUUUUAGUAAGAGUGCCAAUGCUCCUGUCUAUCAUGCCUUUUCCUGUUCUGCGCUCCAUGAUGUCAAAGAUCAUCUCAAAGUCUGAACAAGGUGCCCUGUUUGCCGGUCUUUCCUUCCUGGAAAGUCUAACUAGCAACGUAUCAGGGGCCAUCUUCAACAGUGUUUAUGCUUCUACAGUAUCAUGGUUCCCAGGCUUCAUCUUCCUGUUGUCUGCAGGACUCUGUGCAAUCCCUUUGUCUCUCUUGGGCGUGGUGAGUCUGAUUGGAGUGGAUGUUGCCAAAGAGGACAAAGUACCAGCUGAGCAGGAUCCUGUUGAAGAUGAGAAUGACAACAGCUCUCUUCUUAGAUGAGCCACAUGAGCUGCCAAACCCUCACCAGCACUUUAUUCAUUUUCUCUUUAGUCUUUUUUCAACAAAAAAAAAAUUCCGAAAGUACCUCAAUCCUUUUUUCAGGCUGACAAAGUUCAGAAGACAGGUUACAGAUACAUCUCUUUAUUGCUGUUGAUGAUGUGUGCACUAUUUAACGGGAAUAUUGUAAUAAUAAUAAUAAUAAUAAUAAAACUUUGAGGAGUAGUAGACAAACAGGUUCUGGAUAAGUGACGUUUGUUUUAUAAGGACAUUGUUGGAUUAGAUGCAUGUCAGGAAUGUAGCAUAAAUACGGCCUAAAGCAGUGCAUCAAAUCUAACAAAUCUUCAAUUAAGAGUGGUGUGUGAGCACUCAAAACUGCCUGACUGUGACAUUACUUUACAUAUUCACAAGCAUUUAAUGUCCAUUUCAUACAGUUUUACCAUGAAACAUGACGGCAGGUUGAAAAAUAUUUGCAAUUAGUUUUAACAAUCAGUUUAUAUAUUUUAUACUUUUUUGCUUAUCUCAUAUGUUCCUCCUUUUAGUGCCAUAUAAGUUUAUGUCUUUACAAGUAGCGCAAGUGGCACUUGUACAUCACAUUUAUUUUAUUUAGAUUCAUUUCAUUCACUAAAACCCACAUAAUGCUUAAACAUAAAACUAUCAUAGGUCUUCAUUUACAACUCAAACUGUGAUCUAAGGGACUAUAAGGAAUGGAAAGAGCUAAACAAUAAUUAUCACAGGGACAGGUACAAAAAGCAAACAAUAAAUAUUUCGAGUAAGUAUCAGUUACUUAUUUAAAAGAAUAUUCAUAAGAAUAAUGAUAUUUAUUUAAUGUUUGAACCCACCCGACCUGUUUAAGACAUAUGAAAAUACUCUGCUUUGAAAAAUAAUUGUAUUUCUUAUUAAGGGGGAAAAAAAACAAUUUCCUCAUCAGAAAUUCCUAAAUCACAUUUAUUUCUUCUCCCUCAUUGAAAAAUCUAGAAGCUAUCUAUAUGUCCAGUAUAUGCAAAUAUGUUUUAUCUCAGAGUCAUCUUAUACAAUAGAGACAAUCCUACAUUGCUCUUUAAGAUAUGUAACUAUAAACCAUUUGGCAAUAAUUUGUGCUUUUUUUCUCAGGUUGUCCGUACGGAGUUUUGAGUGUUUAGGGCUACAUAUUUUAAUGUGUCCAUGGGAGAGAAUAUAUUUACUGAUUAGAUAUUUCUUGUAGUUUAGGAUCUAAUCUGUUAAAGUAAACCUAUCUCUGUUCUUGACCACUAGGUGUCCCUCUUGGUCCAGGCUUACAGGCAGUACAUGCCGCACACCUAACUAAGACUCACAGUAUAUACCGUUUAUCACUAGUUAAGGACAUGGUAAUAAUGAUAAGAUGUGAAUAUAUAUCUUGUUUUAUCCUUUAUGUUGUAUUAUAUGUUAUGAAGUAUUUAAAUACUGAAACAUGCUUCUCCAUAGCUGUAAAACAUUCCUGUUCAUGCUGUAGAUUAUCAACAGAGAAGCUCUACUAGUCUGCUCUGUAGAUUCUUGCUCACAACCUAGCAAAGGGACUACUGACAUCUCUAAAUUCAACCAUAACAAGCUUUAUUAUGUUGUCAUUGUGUUGUUGUGUUUGUCACAAGAAAAAGUGUGAUAUAGAGUAGUGAGUGCCUUAUCUUUCUACCAGAAAUUGUGUGACAAAUUCUUGUUUAUUAAAGUGAAUCUGAAGAGA